AUGGAAUACCCUCCAUCAUAUAGCGUCUCUUCAUCUUCUCACUCCUCCCACGAUGAACCAGGCUCAGUAUCCUUCUCUUCGCAACGCAGCCUUAUUUCAGUUCCAUCCCUCAACCCGUCCACCACCGCCACCAGCACCACCACCUUCCACCACUGCCUCACCACCUUCAAGGGUCACACCUCCUACAUCUCCUCCCUAACCAUCUCCGGCAAAUUCCUCUACACAGGCUCCUCCGACAGAGAAAUCAGGUCCUGGAACCGCACUCCUCUCAACUCUCACCCUCAAAACACCGUUCUUGCCGGAAACGGCGCCGUUAAGUCCUUAGUAAUCCAAUCCAACAAACUCUUCAGCGCCCACCAAGACCACAAAAUCCGCGUAUGGAAAAUCAGCAACAGUAAUAGUAACCACAGUAGCAACCACAACAACAGUAACCACGAACAUGUUCACGACCAUCAAAAAUACACGCACGUGGCCACACUCCCCACCUUCGGGGACCGCGCCUCCAAGGUUCUGAUCCCGAAGAACCACGUCCAAAUCCGAAGGCACAAGAAGUGCACGUGGGUCCAUCACGUAGACACAGUGUCCGCGCUCGCCCUGUCCAAAGAUGGGACCUUGCUGUACUCCGUUUCGUGGGACAGAACCAUCAAAAUCUGGAGAACCAAGGACUUUGCGUGCCUGGAGUCUAUCACCAACGCACACGACGACGCCAUAAACGCCGUCGCGGUUUCAUUCGAUGGACACGUGUACACGGGAUCAGCAGACAAGAGAAUCAAGGUAUGGAGGAAAGAGGAAGGGGAAAAGAAACACACGUUGGUGGAGACUUUGGAGAAGCACAAUUCUGGGGUGAAUGCGUUGGCCCUGAGCAGUGACGAAACCCUUUUGUAUUCGGGUGCAUGCGAUAGGUCCGUCUUGGUUUGGGAGAAAGAGGGAGGGAGAAUGGGGUUGGUGGGUGCGUUAAGGGGCCACAAAAAAUCCAUUUUGUGUUUGUCUGUUGUUGCUGAUUUGGUGUGCAGCGGCUCCGCGGAUAAAACGAUUAGAAUUUGGCGAGGUGUUCACGCACAAUAUUCUUGUUUAGCUGUUUUGGAAGGACAUACGGGUUCGAUCAAGUGCUUAACUGCAGUGGUUGACCACUGUAACCCGUCGCACUCCCAAGCAUCUUUUCUAGUCUAUAGUGGCGGUUUGGACUGUGACAUUAAGGUUUGGCAGAUUUUAGUUCCUGAUAUCUAA